AUGGGCACGAAAGAUACACUAUGUCAACAUAGUAGCACUUCUGUCUGCCCCGAUGUAAGUUAUUCGAAGUGUCCACACUGUUUGCUUGAUCUUUGUCUUGAACAUGUUCUUGAACAUCAACUACAAGUUCGUCUCGAUUUUCAUCAAAUGAUCGAUCAUAUCAAUCAUCAAAAGUUAAUCUCAAACGACCAUUCAGUGAUCAAUGACAUGAAAGCGAAAACGCUGGAAAAAUUAGAAAAUUGGAAGACGACCAAGAUAGAACUUGUCAUGUCCGUUUAUCUGGUAGAACAAAGUCGCAUCGAGAGUACUUGGACAGCAAGUAUUGAGAGAAAGACGAAGAUCCAGAACAAAGUCUUUCAAGAAUUGAUCACCAAUUCCAAUGAAAUCGAAAAGAAGAAAAAUGUUCAUCCAAAUGAUAUCCUACAACUAAAAAAGAAGUUAAAUGAACUAGCAGAAGCUGUACGAGAAAUCGAACAGGACACAAAUGUCAAGCUGACAGCUAUUAUGUCAAGUGUUCAACUUCCCGAAAUUGCAAAACAAUUGAAAACUCAAGAAACUCUCGAAAUACUACUACAAGAAUGUGAAAACAAUUUAGAUAAAAAAAAUCGGAUAAUUCUCAAGCGAGAGAAUGAAUGCCAAUAUUUGGAACAAUUAAUCAUUGAGAAAGAUGAAAUAAUUCAUAAGCUGAAACAGAAACUUCGAUAA